UAUAGAGUAUACUUACCCACAUUUUAAAAAAAAAAAACAAAAAGAAAACAAAAUCACAAUCAUGAAUUGCCAAACCUAAAGCUAAUCUCCACGCGUCAUCCUUCGUGUCCCCACGCGUUCCGCUGUUUCCUCCCUCUUUCAACGCGCCUCCAUCCUCCGGUCCAAGUCAAAAUCCCUUCUUCUUUAUUUAUACCCCUUCCUCUCCACUCUCCGCCGCAAAUUCCCUUUCACUAACACUCAACAAACAACAAUAAUAAACAAAACAAAAAAAAAAAAUCUAAAAGAUUUAAACCCAUUUCCCCCCCAUUGUAUGACGAAGCCGUCUUCCGCCGCCGCCGCCGUUGACACUUCCGAUUCACGGUACAAAGGAGUGCGCCGCCGGAAGUGGGGCAAGUGGGUUUCCGAAAUCCGUCUCCCCAACAGCCGUGAACGGAUCUGGUUAGGCUCUUAUGAUUCAGCCCAGAAGGCGGCGCGUGCAUUCGAUGCGGCUCUGUUUUGCUUGCGUGGCCGUUCUGCUCGUUUCAAUUUCCCUGAUAACCCACCGGAGAUUGCCGGUGCUAGUUUGCUCUCAAGAACAGAGAUUCAAUCCGUCGCCGCCCAAUUCGCUAACUCCGACCCACCGCCUUCGUCGGAACUCACCAGACCCACCGUCGAUUCACCAUCGCCGUCGCUGGUAUCCGAAGUGACUACCUCUGUAAUUGAAUGUGAUGAAAGAUCGCCGUUUUUUGAUCUUCACAACGCCAUGGGAUCGGGGAAUUACGGAUCGGAUUUUGGGUUAUUUCCAGAAUACAAUCCGUUUUAUAAUGAAAUGUUUAUUAAUGAUUCUUCUUCCACAACUCCUUCUUUUGAUUAUGGAGAUGAGAAUUUUGACGCCAUCACCACUCAUCAAGACUCAUCAUCAUUCUUAUGGAAUUUCUGAGCAAAAAAACAGAGUUCUGAAGGUUUUUUUUGGUUUCAGAGCUUUGGUUUUUACCUUUUUUUUUUUUCUUUUCCUUUUUUGCUUUUUGGGGUCUUGAACUUUUUUAAAUAUUUUUUGCACCCCUUUCUCGAAUACCUUUUUUUUGCCUUUCAAUCCUUGAAGAUUGAUGGACCCAAAAUUUUUGAGCUCGGCCAUCAAAUUCUUCUACUCUGUUUUUUGGAAAAAAAUGUGUAGAAUUGUUGCAGUGGGAAGUAUUGUUGUUUGUAAAAGAAAAAAAAAAAAAAAAUCCCUUUAUUAUAAGAAGGGUUUGGAUCAUAUUUUAUAUAUGGAGUAAUUAAUUCAUGUUAAAUUUGGAUCA